CCUAUCGAUGGUCUCGUAGUGGCUGCAAUGGCAAUAUCUCGUUCAUUUGGUUUUUGUCUUCACCCCAUAAAGUUGAUACAACUACAAAAUGGCGGACGCAGCUCCAGCCCGUAGUGGAUUCCGAGGUGGAUUUGGCUCUCGCGGUGGUCGUGGUGGACGUGGUCGUGGUCGUGGACGCGGCGCACGCGGUCGUGGUGGCAAGGAAGACUCCAAGGAAUGGGUUCCCGUGACCAAGCUAGGUCGCCUGGUGCGUGAAGGCAAGAUCAAGUCUUUGGAGGAGAUCUACCUGUACUCGCUUCCCAUUAAAGAGUUUGAGAUCAUCGAUUUCUUCCUGGGCUCAUCGCUGCGCGACGAGGUCCUCAAGAUCAUGCCCGUCCAGAAGCAGACGCGUGCUGGUCAGCGCACCCGUUUCAAGGCCUUUGUUGCCAUUGGCGACAACAACGGCCACAUUGGUCUGGGUGUUAAGUGCAGCAAGGAAGUUGCAACCGCUAUCCGUGGUGCCAUCAUCCUUGCCAAGCUCUCCGUUGUUCCCGUACGCCGUGGCUACUGGGGCAACAAGAUCGGCAAGCCCCAUACAGUGCCCUGCAAAGUUACUGGCAAGUGCGGCUCCGUUUCGGUGCGUUUGAUCCCAGCGCCCCGUGGUACUGGCAUUGUGUCGGCUCCUGUGCCCAAGAAGCUGUUGACCAUGGCUGGUAUCGAGGAUUGCUACACCUCCGCCCGUGGCUCCACUGGUACCCUGGGUAACUUCGCCAAGGCUACCUACGCUGCCAUUGCCAAGACAUACGCUUACCUGACUCCAGACUUGUGGAAGGAAAUGCCUCUGGGCGCCACUCCCUACCAGGCAUACUCAGACUUCCUGUCUAAGCCAACGGCACGCUUGCACGCUGACGCCUAAGGUCAUUGCGAACCAGAGUUUUUGAAUAAACGAAAACAUUCACACAA